UCAGGUUUCUUAGCAACCAGUGUGUUUGAAAUUUGAGUUUCUAGCGUUUGUCAAGCAGGUUCUUAAUUUUAACACCGCAAACGUUAAAUACAGUUUAAUUGAGUCAAAAUGCUUAACGUCGAAACACUCGCAGACCGCGUCGCUAGGGCAAAUUUACAGAGGCGUCGCAACAAAGAGACUGAAAGACGAGAGAGGGUUUUUAAUAAUAAAGUGAGGACCAUUGGGGUUGAUAAGGAAGCCCUUGACAUGCAGGUGAAAGAAAAGAAGAAACAAGAAGAGACAGCGAAAGAAAAACAGAAAGCUUAUGAUGCUGACAUGCUACACAACAGCAAAGUAGCUUGCCUUCUCCAUAGCCGACAAGUGAAGGAGAAACGUGCGAUGGAAAAGGAUAUAGUCAACUACCACCAUCAGUACCAGCAAACUUGGUGCGAGGGGGAGUAUGACCUGAAUGACCCAGGCCGCUGCAGGAAAACAGACCAAGAUGAAGCCCAGAUGAUGCUCCCUGGCCUGGUGGGUGAGGACCCGGACAGUAGUGGCAGACUGCAGAGACAGAGGCAGCAGCUCAGGGGGUGGCUCAUCCAGCAGCAGACAGAGCGAGCAGCAGAAACACAUCAACAGAGGCUGGAAAGGCAGCGCUACGACCAAAGCAGAAUAGACAUGGACAACAAAGCUCUGCAGCUUCAGAGCAUGGAGAUGGAGAGGAGAAAAGCAGCAGCAGUUGCUACUAAAGAGUGCAAUCUGACCAUGACUGAGGAGAGGCGUCGCCAGGAACGGGAAUGUAAAGACGAGGAUAAUCGAGCAGACACGAUGAACCACCUGCAAGGACAGCUGACGUGUGUAGAUGCCGAACCCUCCCUGGGUGUGGUGGGAGUGCCCGGUCUUUGUCCCAGCAGUGACAAGAGAGCACCUCCCGAGAGCCUGCAGCAAAUCAUCCAGUUCCAGAAAUAUCAAAUAGAGGAGAAAAGGAGGAUAGAAUUAGAGAAGAAGAAAGAAGAAGAGCAGUAUGAUCGUGUCCGCUUGGACUCGGCGCGUACGGCUCUGCUAAUGGAGAGGCAGCAGGCAAGACUGAACAAGCAGCUGAGACGACACCUGGACGGCACCAACAUCAAACUGGCUGAAUCACAGAGACAACAGAAACCGGACAUUGAAAGGGGAUACAUCGAUGACAGCUUCUUCGCCAAAUUCAACACCAGCAGCAGAUGAUGGUGGAUAAGUACUGAUAACGGAGCUACAUAAGAAGAACAUCGAAUAAAUUGAACCAAGCAAGUUAA